UAUGACUCACAGUUAUGGUUUGAAAAAGGGUACCAGAAGUAAGUUUGCCAAACCUUUCAGAGGACAUGGAAACAUAUCAAUAAGAAAAACCCUUUAAACUUUCAAAAGAGGUAAUCCUUUGUUAAUAAUCUUAAGGUGAUUUUGUUGAUAUUUUGGUUGAUGGUGCUUAACACAAAGGUGUUCCAUUUUAAUAUUAUCAUGGCAGAACUGCAAGAGUAUUCAAUGUCAAUCCAAGAGGAAUUGGUGUCUCAUUAUAAAGAAGAGUCAGAGGAAGAUAUGUCGAAAAGCGUUUUCAUGUUAGAGCUGAUCACUUGAGACCCUCAAAAUGCAGAUAAGAAUUUGUUAAGAGAGUCUAAGAAAAUGAUAAGAAAAAGACUGAAGCAAAGAAGAAUAAACAAGUCAUUUCAACAAAGCGAUAACCAGUUUAACCAAGAGGAGCAACAGUUGUUAUUCCAAAAUAGACAACUUUCUAACAUCCAAAGGCAUUUGUAGAAAUUAUUUGAU